GUGAUAUUCAACGCGGACCUAACAAACGACAAACUCUCAGAACUGUUGUCUUAGUGGCUAUACUUUCUUCAUUCAUUUUUUUUAAAUUUAAAAAUAAGAUUUUAAUAAAAAAUAGUGAUAUUGAAAAUAUACGACGAAUUGUAUAAUAAAAUAUGUCAGCUUCAGCAUCGGAACUGAAACACACUUUACGAAAAGCAGACUUUCCGGCAUGCGCACGAGAGGCACUUGAUCGUAUAGAACAGUUAUGUAUCGCUUCAGAUACUGGUCGCAACGCCAAAAACAUGGAGAUAGCUACGGACAUAAUGACAGAAUUUGUUUUCUGUGAGACAGAUAGAAGAGGCUCACGGAGAAGGAAGCUGAGCUGCAUCCAGGAGCUGCAGCUGCUGGAGGCCCUGAGCGACUACUUCAAGCCGAGCUUCUCGGGCGGCCUGAGCAGCGACGCGACGCGCCACGCGGUGUUCGCCAGCCUCUUCCCGCACGGCAACGCCGACCGCCUGCACGUGCUGGUCAAGCUGGUGUCCAUGGCCAUAUCGACCAAGAACAUCCCCGUCCUCUCGGCCACCGGCAUGUGGAUGCAGCAACUGGGAUGCACAUCGAAAGGCAGUUUGGACCUGGCUGAAGGUGUGGUGAAGGAUUACUUUGAUCUCGUGCCCAAGGCUGCAAGCGUACUGCAGGACCUUCCUCGUCUGGCCCCACAGUUCACUGCCAACUUCCUGACGGCUGUCGCUGAGAUGUACAGUGUGAAAGAUAAGAAGCAGGUGUUUGCUCCUCCGCCGGAGAUCCUGAUGGAGGUAGUGCAUCAGUGGAUUGACCAGAACCCAACACUCUGUCUGGCAGCCCUGCUGACCAAUGUAGCAGUCACAGUAGUCACGCCUUUCGCUGGGCUCUUCAAGUGGUGUAUUCUGUCUCCGCUGUACUACUGCAACCAUCCUCAGUCGAAUGAUUGCAGGUUGCUAUACUCUCAGCUGCACCUGGCCCUGAUAAAGUCCCUGAUGAAGUGUGGCCAGCCGAUAGCGGCCAACGGGAAGACUGUGAUGCUGGUGCAGCAGUUCCUCCCCACGGUGGAGGCUCUGGCACGCUGGCAGCGAGACAACUCCGGGGACCGAGCUGCCGAGGCCAUAGAGUUGGCACUUGACAGACUGGCACAGGCAGUGCAGAUAGGGCUGUUCACCAAGUGUCUCAUUGGGAACAAAGAGGAAUUGCUACAGUGCUUUGACUCCCUGCCAAAACAUCAGUUACUUGGAAUCAUCAUGAGGAAGCAGUCAAGCUCAGAGUGCUGAAACAGCAUGUGAAAUGGUUGUAAUGAUAAAAUGUGUUGUGAAGUGUACAUGGAACUUCUGCAAUAGAAAUAGUGGACAAAAAUUUUUUUUAAUUUUAAAAAUAUAUUGUUAAAGUUCACCUCUUGUGAGUUUUCAAUUUUCAGCAUGCAUAACCUUUUGUUUGAUGUUGAAAAAUCAUUUCUGGGUUAAAAAAAUAAAUACUGUAUUUUGUAAGGGAGUGUUAACAACCAUCAAGCUGUGACUAGUUUAGGUGAUCACCUCACUCCUGAAUGUGACAAUAAAUAUGGCCCUAGAUGAGGAGAAAUUGUACAUAAAGAAAA